CUGAAAGAUCUUCCUUUUAGAAAGAUGGAUUUAGUUGUUAAAGAAUCAGCACAUGAAUUUGGUUCCACUAGACAGAAAUUGAAACAGUAUCUGGCCUCAUACUGCAAUACAACUACUUCUACUAGUGAUGAGUCUCAUUUGCCUGAAGAUUUCAUCAUUCCUGACUAUCUAAAUGAUGGCAAAAUUACAGCCAGCGGUCCUCUCAAGUUAAGCGAUGUACUAGAACAGAGCAAAGUGCAUUAUAGUAUUUGGGAGACCAUCGUAGUUUUUAUCAAAAAGCUUUUUGUUCCUUUGGAUGAUCCAGAACGCCACUUACGGAAUGCAGAAAUUGAUGCUUUCCUUGUGCAAUUGGAAAUGCACUUCAUAGCAGGCUGUCAUAAUUUUUUUAAAAAUAUUAAACCAAAAAUAGUAGAGGGCUACCUUAAACAGCACCAAGAAAUUGCUGAGCGACACAUAGCUGAUGUGGAACGAUUAUAUUUUGAACAGAGAGAAGCAAUGGAUACCCAAGUUAAAAAAUGGAGGAAACAAGCUAAAUUUAAUAAGGAAUUGGUACAGUAUCAUUCUGAAUUAUGUGAGAAUAUGAAGAAGCAGAAAGCUCAUCUUUUAUCUCUUGCUGAUCGCUUUGGAAUUUCCUUGUGUUCUGAGGAUUCACAAGAUGAAUAGUGUUACAAGAUUAAUUGUGUGUCAAAAUGUCAGUGCGGACUUUUACUUGUUUGUAGUUUUCAAGUAGAUCUAACUAUAAUAAUAGUGAUAGUUACAAUAGAGUGUCUACUGAUUAUAGUUCUAUAAUUAAACUUAUGAUUUUUGGCUUAUGUCUGUAUGCUAUUAUAAUUUGAGCUGAUCACAAGUUUUAAAAGCAAUGAUACCUAAUGAUCCAAUAAU